GAAAGAGAGUGGCAAAACAUUGGAUGAUACACUGGUACGCGAUCUGAAAGAUAUGCUUGAUACACACAACGUCCAUGCCAAAUCUUUCCGGAUGGCAAGAGAUAGGUUCAAUGAAUCUAACUCCACAACAUUGAAAAUGAGGCUAAUAGGGAAAAGAAAGUCAGAAGGGCGGACGUAUAACACUCCCACUGUUUCAGAAGUGGCAGCACUUAUUGAGGGAGACUUCCACGUGAACAAAGCAGAGCGAGAUGUUGUCGUUCAAACAAAGGGUGGAGCUUUUCAGUUCAUGACGGAGUUAAACCCUUCAUUUCUAGGGUUGCAAUAUCCAUUAUUAUUUCCGUACGGCCAGGAUGGAUUCAGAGAGGAUGUCAGAUUGACCAGCGAGAAUGAUGAGACGGAGCAAGGAAGGAAGCAUGUUACUCAAAAAGAGUUCUUUUCAUAUCGAGUGCAAGAUCGAAAGAAUGAAUCAUCAUACAUACUACGAGCGAAGCGCUUAUUUCAACAAUUUCUGGUGGAUGGCUAUACAAUGAUAGAAUCCUCUCGAUUGCGAUAUAUUCGUCAGCAUCAGAAGGAGUUGAGAAGUGACUUAUAUAGUGGCUUGGCUGAUGCAGUAGGUCGGGGUGAGACUAAUGCAUCAAGGGUGGGCCAACUCAUUGUGCUACCGAAUUCUUUCACAGGGAGUGCACGUUAUAUGAUGCAAAAUUAUCAAGACGCGAUGGCCAUUUGUAGAUGGGCAGGAUAUCCGCAGUUGUUCAUAACAUUCACAUGUAACCCUAAGUGGCCAGAGAUUGUGCGCUUCGUUAGUGACAGAGGUUUGAAUCCAGAAGACAGGCCAGACAUCCUUUGUAGGAUAUUUAAAAUGAAGCUGGACCUCCUAAUAAAAGAUUUGAAGCACAAUAAAAUAUUUGGUGACGUCAAAGCAGUUAUCUACACUAUUGAGUUUCAAAAGCGUGGUUUGCCUCAUGCCCACUUAAUGUUGUUAAAGGUGCUACAUCCUUUGAAGAGUUGCGCACUUAUAACGGGACAUUAUUUCCCAGCUUUAGGGAUGCUUGCUAUGCCCGUGGGUUGCUAAAGGAUGAUAAGGAAUAUAUAGAUGGGAUUACUGAGGCAAGUCAUUGGGCAUCCGCAUAUGCACUCCGUAAUUUGUUUGUUACUCUUUUAUUGUCGGAUGUGUUGUCAAAGCCACAAUUGGUAUGGGAGAAGUGCUCGCAAUACUUUUCAGAGGACAUACUCUACAACAUUAGAAGGAACCUCAAUGACCCUGAGUACCAAUUGAGCACAGAUGAGGUGAACAA